AUGGCUAUUCUCAUGAGCAGGCUUAAAGAACUUGGUGGAAGUGACAUUAACGGCACACUUCCUCGCACAGCGUUAGCGAAUGUAAGCCGUAGCCUUGGAAUUCACAAAAACACAGUGAAAUCAGUAUGGAUACGUUUCUGUCAAACUGGAAGUGUAGACAGCGGACGAAUACACGGCGGUGGACGCGUAAGGAAAACAGGGGAGGACCACGAAAGAUACGUUCAGUACCUUAUAACUGAGACACCUUCAUUGUCUUUAGGGGAUAUUCAACAACGGAUAGAAGAAAUGUUUGACAUAAAAGUUUCAAAAUCGAACAUCUCUCGUCUGUUAAAAAGACUUGAUACACACAAACGAUUAGUGCGUCCAGCAGCAGCGAGAUUUGAGGAUGAUAACAUGGCGUAUGCAAAUGUGUUUCUGAGAGUCCUCAAUUCUAUCGAUUACCGGCGUCUUAAAUUCUUCGAUGAAAGUGGUUUUGCUGUGCCAGAUUUGUGUAAUCCACGAUACGGUCGCGCGCUUUGUGGCGAACGUGCUAUUGAGGUUAACAAACAGAGACGCUCGCGAAAUGUGACAUUAAACCUGAUGAUUGGUGCAGAUGGUGUCGCAUAUUUUAACCUCUUGGACGGACCUAGCAAUAUGGAUACGUUUACUGAGUUUUUCUUGCAAGCUACAAAUGCAACAAACAACAACGGGGAUUUUGCAUUGAAACCCGGUGACAUUGUAAUACUUGAUAAAUGUCCUAUUCACCACGGGCACGCAGGACGUAUUGUUAGCAACCUUCUAAAUACCAUGCACGUGGAAUAUGUAUUUCUGCCAACAUACUCUCCUCAUCUGAAUCCUGCAGAAUUGUGCUUUCAGCACAUUAAGACGGUGUUUAAAAGUGACAGUGUCGCGAGAAAUCUUGCAAAAGAUAAUUUGCAUUUUCAAUUUCACACGUAG